AUAUGCCAGACAAAAAGACCGACUUAGAUAAGUUAGCAUGGGCAUGGAUAGAAACCAUUAGCCCAGAACAGAUUGAGAAAAUACAUUUAGAGACUGCAUAUAGGAUUGGAUUAAAGAGUUGCAAGAAUUGCAAACGUAAUUGUCCCAAUAAUCCACAAUGUCUAACAGGUUUAGGAGAGGAAAAGUACAUGAAGUCACAACCAGCUGAAGUAGUAUCUUUAGAAAGUUCUCUAUCCGAACUACGUGAUCCAACUCAAUAUGUGGGUUUGAAAAAUCUAGGUGCUACUUGCUACGUUAAUAGUUUAAUACAAAUGUGGUUUCACAAUGAAGAUAUGAGGAGGAUAAUAUAUAAAUGGGACAUUACUGAAGACCCUGAGGAGAAGGAGGCACUGUACCAGACUAAGAAGGCGGGACUACCCUACCAUCCAGCAACCGCAGUUGGCCAAUUGCAGUACAUUUUUGCAAUGAUGCAAUUUGGAAAUCGAAGUCUUCUCGAUCCAAUCAAUCUCGCUGUCGCGUUAUCCUUGGAUACCAGAACUCAGCAGGAUGCUCAGGAAUUCUCCAAGCUGCUACUGUGCCAUAUUGAAGGAAAACUUGGACAAAACUCAGAGCUGAAGAAGAUGCUGCAGAGGCUGACCCAGGGAAAAUACAGCUAUAUCAAUUGUUGUUCGACGUGCGGUACUGAGUAUCCAACGUCGACCACAUUCUACGAACUCGAUCUACAAUUGGCAGCGACUUUAAAGGAAGCGAUAGAUAAAUAUUUGUCAGAAGAACAAUUGACGGGUGCGAAUCAAUAUCAUUGUGUGACUUGUAAUGAUAAAAAAGACGCCAGGCGAUUUAUACGAUUGGAGUCUCUUCCAGAAACCCUAAAUAUUCAAUUAAUGCGUUUUGUAUUUCAUAGAGAUUCUGGGCAAAAGCGAAAAUUAAAUUCAUAUAUCCAAUUUCCUGAGGAUCUCGAUAUGUCGGAAUAUGUUGGAUGUCAGUCUCAGACUCAUUUAUACAGUCUUGUUGCGGUAUUGAGUCACAAGGGCCCAUCUGCUCAUUCUGGUCAUUAUAUUGCAAAUAUAUGUAAUUCAAGUGGGGAGUGGUACCAAUUUAGCGAUGAUAAGGUAGAAAAAAUGCAGACUAAACGGAUUGAGGAUGCUGUAAAUGAUAAUGCUAAACCAAUGAAACGUGGACGUGUUCCAAAAGGAUUUCUUUCAUCGAAUACGGCUUAUAUGUUGGUUUACAAAAACUUGACUACAGAUUGGCGAACGAAUGCUACGAAGAAAAUGAAACUCAAAAAAUCUGACACAGAAGCAAAUAUUUUCAGUGAUACUGUUUCUUUAGAAAAUCUCAAAGAUAAGUUGGAUAUUGUAGAUGAAACAAAACCGAAAAAUGAUACCGAAGAUGCUUCAUUAAUUCAAGAAGGAGAUCUUGAGAAAAUAUCGAAACUAGAGCUAGAAAAUAAAACAGAAAUAGAUGAAGCUAUGACAUCUCAAAAGAUAAAUAUGUUUUUUACGGAUAAAAAUAAAACUAUAGAAAAUGUUGACACUAAUGGAUGUAAAAACAAACAUGAUUCUACUUUGCAACAAUCGCAGAACAAGAUUCAGUCUAUAAAACAACCAAUAGUAAAAGUUGUUAAACUUGAUUAUAAACAACUAAAUGGUGCUGCGCAUAGAGCUAUGAGUUGCGGAGAACGAGAUUUCUACGAAGAGAUGGAAUUUGAGGAUUGGCAAGUAAGUGGUACAAUGCGUGAACUCGUUAGGCAGGAAAAUGUUAAACACGAAUUGAGUCUAUUAGCCGUACAACAAGAAAAACAAAAAGAAAUUGAAGAUCAGAAUUCUAAGCGUCAACUCGUGAUAGAUGCAUAUAAUAUGAUCCAAUCAAUAGUAUCUUGGGGUGAAUAUUAUUGGAUACCAACAGAUUGGCUAUCCAAAUGGUUAAACGGACAUUCUACUGCAGACAGUGUUCCCCCGAUUGACAAUUCAACUUUAAUAUGUUCACACUAUCGACUCGAUCCAUUGAAAGUUGGUCGAGCGAAAUGUGUGCCGGUGAGAGCAGCUGAAAUGCUUUACGACAAAUAUCGAGGAGGGCCGCGAUUAGAUCAAACAUCUCUGUGUGAAAUUUGCGUAAAAAGACGUUGUAAAUUAUUGCGUUUCAAAGCGACACUCGAACGAGAUUAUAAGGAAAGUAGUGAGCUAAUUCGCACAUUUAAAGAACCUUCCGAGACAAGUUAUAUCAUUGGUACCGAUUCAUUACGAUCUUGGCGAAGAUUGGCUAUGGAAAUGUUCUUAGAAGAUAUGAAACAAAAGAUAGACGAUUGUCAGGAGGAGAAUAAAAAUGUAGAUAAGGAUGGCAAUGAUUGCCCGAAGGAAAUCGAAGAAAACGAAGAUCACGAAGUUAUUAUAAACUUCAAUGAAGAUUUACUGUGUGAGCAUGAUGCUCUUAAAACGGCAGAUUCUAGCAGAAGAGUGAUACCCCAAGAGGCAUGGUUAAUUCUUCGAAAGUAUUUUCCGGAUUCGAAAGAAUACCCCAUUGGAUCGCAAUCUUGUUUAAUUUGUGAGGAGAAAGUGGAAAACGCACAAAGAGCGAAAAAAGAUGACAAGAUAAAGGCGAAGCAACAAAAGGACGAGCUUACCGACUUGUAUUACGGAAGAAAUAGAAAUGAAAUCUCCAAAUGUGAUGAUUCGGACAAACUGUUCUACAUAGUUGAGAAAAGUUUUUUGGAUAGUUGGCGUUCCUUCAUCCGUGCGACAUGCUGGCUGGACACUUCGGAUUGACAGAUUCAAAUUUACCGGGGCUUAAAUUUCGUGGAUACAACGGCAUACGUAUGUGAGUUAAACCAGGAUCAACCCUUCUCGCGGAUUAUACGUUUGUCGUGUCACGCGCGAUUUCGGUGUACGUACAUAGGGGUAUGAAAACCUCGAAAUAAGUGGUCGGUUCUUAUAUUAAACGAACAGUUAUGAGUAACAAGGAGGACACAUUAUAUGUUGAGAGAGAAAAAUGUGUGAUAUUUGGGACUAUAAUUGCAUAGUACGAUAAUUAUAGCCAGGAUACUCAUUUUUAUAAGAACUGCUACUAUAAUGUUAGCAAUGAUAACAUUAUACGCACAAUGCUGCCAACCACAUUACCAUCCAUAUAAUCAAUAUAAACAUUUUACUGCAACUUACAAUAAUUUUAAAUACAAAUAUAAUAAAAUAGCACAUUUUACUAUAUAAAACUCUCGUUUUGGAAUGUAAAAAUCGUACGAUAUGGUUAUAUAAAUUAAUAUUAUGAUUAUAUAAUGAUCAUAGUAGUGUUGAAUUAGUUGUAAUUUGCAUAGUUAGAACAUCUAUAAAUAUAUGGUUUUGGCACCGAAAAACGCUAAAAUAAUAGUAAGAUGAUAGUUGCUGUAAUCAUUUUGUUCCUCUUAGUGUAUAUUCCUUCUCUUUAUGAUUUAUAUACAUACACAAUGUUAAGUAAUGCGUAAUUAGAUUAGAUUUUAAUAAUACCCUUAAAAUAGCAAACAAUAAUCAAGUUUAAUAUUUAUCGGAAAAUUGGAAACCUUAUUUGAUCGUGUUCAGUUUGAAAGAUACGUAGGGGAACUAUAAUUCGCUACUUUGUCCUAUUUCUUAAAAUUGCCAGUAUCCACGAUCCAUUAUCGAGAAUUUGUUAUUAAUCAGGGGAGAGAAAAUGUGAAAAAUAUUUUUCCGAGCCGCUGGUAUUGUCUUCGACCGACUCCUUUGUGAUGUCGGUGAUUAAUUUUUCAGCAGGUCGGGCAUGCCGCCCUUUUUUGCACCACCACUGCCAGUAAUCGUUCUUUGUAUUUUUCGAACAAAACCUCAUAUAGUUCGUUGCUUCCAUUACACAUUAUUUUAUAUAAUACGUGCAUAGUGCGCAGUCUCAUUUUAGUACUCGGAAUAUAAAAUUACUCUUUAUUAGUCACACAUAUAUACUUUUUUUUUAUAUUUAUUUUAAAUUUGUUAUAUCCGCAUUGUAUUCUAGAAUUACGCAUACAUAUAUAAAUAUCUUUACCUUCUUAUCUCGUGUUUAUCAAUUUUGCGGAUUUUGGGGAACUUUAUUUGCAGCUUGUCAUUUCUAUAGUUUCUCAUUUUGCUUGCUCAAGAAAAUAGAGUAACAGUUUAUAAAAAA